AUGUCAGGAGGAUUUGGAAAAAGAGCUUGGGACAAUAUGGCUGGUGGCUUCGGCAAGAGAGGCUGGGAUAGUAUGAACGGUGGAUUCGGCAAACGAUCUUGGGAUAGCAUGGCGGGAGGAUUUGGAAAAAGAGCAUGGGACAAGAUGGCAGGUGGUUUCGGCAAAAGGGGUUGGGACAGUAUGAACAGCGGGUUUGGAAAACGCUCUUGGGAUAGUAUGAAUAGUGGGUUUGGAAAACGGGCAUGGGAUAACAUGGCAGGCGGAUUCGGCAAAAGAGGAUGGGACAGCAUGAAUAGUGGAUUUGGUAAACGCUCUUGGGAUAGUAUGAACAGUGGGUUUGGAAAGCGGGCAUGGGACAAAAUGGCAGGAGGCUUUGGAAAACGAUCAUGGGACAGUAUGAACAGUGGAUUUGGCAAACGGGCAUGGGAUAGCAUGAACGGUGGAUUUGGAAAACGUGGUUGGGAUAGUAUGAACAGUGGAUUUGGGAAACGUGGUUGGGAUA